GUCCUUUGUUUGUUUCGUAUGCGUUACAUACCAAAAUAAUGGACGGGGGUCCUGACCGUUCAUACACCUCGGAGCAAUUUGUAGACCAAAGAGAAUUCUCGGGGUUGCAUUGAUAUUUUGUGACAUUGCUGUUAUUUUUUAACUCUCUGCUGUAUCUCUGUAAUUGUCCUUAACUCCUCGGGGUUGUUGUUCCUCAAAGUACUUUGUUGUGUAGGACAUCUCUUGACAUAGAGAGGAGCAAGGAGGUGAGGAUAAGCCAUGGCUUCUCAGAAGAAUCGUCACACAUAUAAUAGAGAAAGCAGUAGCGAUACUGAAGAUGACACAGAUGACAGGAGAAGACGAGUUUACAAAUCACGAAUGAGCUAUGGAUCAUCAUCAAAACCCAAACCAUGUUUGGUUCAAAGACCAUCAUCAGCUUGUGGCAGUGAAAGUCGCCAACAUGGACAUGCAUCAUCCAAACAAAUGAAUUCAACACCCAGAAAUAGAUCUAGAUCCCAACAUCUUGGACCUGCAAAGAACCAAAUGAAUCAAGGACACUCUCCUGGACGAGAUCGUCACCAUGGUCACCUUGAUUCCCUUUCAGGUUCCACUUCAACUAGGAACUCAACAUCUAACACAUCAGGUCAAAGUGAAGAGCGUAUUACCCUUGUGGUCGAUAACACUCGCUUCAUUCUUGAUCCAGCCCUAUUUACUGCCCAUCCAAACACUAUGUUGGGCAGGAUGUUCAGUUCUGAGCUUGAAAUGGCACACGCCAAUGAGAGAGGAGAGUAUGAGGUUGCUGAUGGUAUCUCAGCUUCAGUUUUCCGUUCCGUCCUUGAAUAUUAUAAAGGAGGAAUGAUUCGUUGUCCACCCACAGUUUCUGUUCAAGAACUAAGAGAGGCUUGUGACUAUUUACUUGUCCCUUUUGAUGCAUCGACUGUGAAGUGUCAGAACCUACGUGGAUUAAUGCAUGAACUAUCAAAUGAGGGUGCUCGUUGUCAAUUCAAAGUUUUCUUAGAGGAUCUUAUUCUUCCUCUGAUGGUGAACUCUGCUCAAAGGGGUGAUCGUGAAUGUCAUGUUGUUGUUUUGAUGGAUGAUGACUUAGUCGACUGGGAUGAAGAGUAUCCUCCUCAAAUGGGAGAUGAGUACAGCCAAACUGUCAGUAGCACUGCCAUGUACCGUUUCUUCAAGUACAUUGAAAACCGAGAUGUGGCAAAACAAGUAAUGAAAGAGAGAGGUCUGAAAAAAAUUCGUUUAGGUAUUGAAGGAUACCCUACGUACAAAGAAAAAGUUAAGAAGAGAGCAGGGGGGCGCUCUGAAGUUAUUUACAACUAUGUUCAACGACCUUUCAUACACAUGUCCUGGGAAAAAGAAGAAGCAAAGAGUAGACAUGUUGACUUUCAGUGUGUGAAAUCAAAGUCGGUUACCAACUUGGCUGAGGCAACUGCAGAUCCUGUUCUUGAGUUGGACUCUGCUGGAAAUUUUGUGAUAGUUGCACCCAUAGAGGGAGGUGAAUCUGCACAACAACCACCACUCCAACACCAAAAUAUUUAUCAACAGCAUCCACCACCUGCUAAUUUGCAACAGCUAUUACAACUUCACCAAAACCAAGCAUUGCAGCAACAGCAGAUGCACCAGAAUCAGCAGCAGCUUCAACAAAACCAACAACAGCAACAACAGCAACAACUGCCACAACAACCCCAGCUACAGCCGCAGCCACAACUGCCUUUACAGCAGUUACAAUUGCAGCCACAGAUACCUAUUCAGCAACCACAUCUACCACUUCAGCUUCAGCCUCAACAGCAGCAGCAACCUCAGCCUCAGCCCGCACCUGUACCACAACAGCUGGUGCAGCCACCAGAGGAAGAGGAGGGUGCUGGGCAAGCUGCAAGAGCUGUAGCUGAUUUGUCAUUGGCUUAAAAAACUGUAUCUGACAGUAAGCGAGUUGUCCAGUAUAGUAUAUGCAUCUCAGCCAUUUCAGCUCAAUGUGUUUUAGUUAUUAGUACAUUUGUAAAACCUGAAGUUCUGGUUAUCUUGACUGACUACUUUUUUUCUAAAAUACUUCCUGUUAUAGGGGAUUUCGGUGCACACAUAGGCUUCCCUUGCUACAUAUACAUUUCUUAUUUGUGAAAUGUAUAGGCACUUAUCAUAAGGGAGGCAACUGAAAUACUUGAUUUGGAUAGGAAGUUGGAUAAGAAGAGGAGGGAUAAUUGUAGACUGAGUACUUGUUUUCACAAAAAGAAGUGCAAUGACAUAAAGUGUUAAGCCAUAUCUUAUCAUUCUUAUUUGAAAUUUCUAACGUACUGCAUUAUUCUCUCUUACUUUAUUUAUGUAAGCAUUGUUUUCUAAAUCAUGAUCAUCACACUUAUUGAACAUUUGCUGACUCAAAAGACUUUUUUAAAGAAAACUACCUGUUCAUGACAGUCAUGUAACCUGAGCUUUCUUACUAUUGCUAUCUAAAGUAUUGUGUUAUUCUGAUAUCUCUUUCUUUGUCAAACAGCUCUUUGUCAUUCUUAUAUUAAAGAAUUAUAAUAUCUAUGUAUUAUAUAUUAUUAUUGCUUUGUAUUAAAAAUUUGUUUUUCAAUAAGGAUGUUUUGUUGAGCUUUGAUUCUGUACCUGGAUGUGGCAAAUACAUGUGUGUUGUGUCUGAUAUGAAAUGAAAGUAGUACCUAAUUUGUUUUUUAACUGAGAAAAUCUUGUGUCAAUGGACUCAGAACCAAUCUCCUACUUAUACUGUUUUACUUGUAUGUUGAUCAAGUUCUCUAAAGGCUUAUUUUUUCAAGUACUUUGAUCUCAGUAGUCAAAAUGACAAGAGGAACAAGUAAAGUUUUGGAUGCAUUGCUGUAUAGAAGUCCAUUUGACUCAAAAGACAGGUUUUUGGAGCAAGUUUAUAAACGCAAGUACCUUUUUAAUGAACAUGUAAAGACUCUUUGAAGCUCAUUAGGAUCUUGUUAAUGUAUGUAACUGGUAUAAAACAGUUUAUUCUGUGGGAGUUAUUCUUUGUCUCCUAUAAUAUUCAAUUUUAUCCAGCCUUUGGGAGAUUAUCAUAGAUGUUGGUUACAGCACACAUUUUGUUCCCUCUGUCAACAUUUUAAUUUUCUCUCUUCACUCAUUCAUAUGAACUGUUAUUUUUUAACUUUGAUUUUGUGUCUUGUAAACCUACCUACUAAUUUUGUGUUUGCAAGUGCAGUGUAAUCUGUAAAUGAGGCCGGUGGAUGUUAUCAGCAAAACAUUCAAAAUUUAAACAAUCUAAAUUUUAAGCACAGUAUUUGGUAAGAUAUGUAUUUGCAUCAUUGAGUUUUGGUGAUUGUAAAUGUGCCCCUUCCCCCUCCCCUGAAACUCCUGCCUAACCAACACUGCCCUCAAAUUUUCUGACAAUGGUCAGUUUUAAAGUAUGUUAUUGUGAUAGAAUUCUCUCUAUGAGAUGUGUCUGGCAUAACAAUACUCCAUGUAUUGUUUUAUCUUCAAAGACUGCCUAUUUACCUGUUAUAUGACAGGCAAAUAGUGCUUUUAGUUGCUGUUACAAUUUAGUGCUGAGUAAAGUAUCUAUAUUAUCUUUUUAUCAGGAAUUUCUUCGUCACUUUCUGCUGUUGAAAAAAAAUCAUCAUUGUAAGCUGAUGUCUAAAUACAUAUAACCUACAGAUCUAUUGUUUGGAUGUGUCAUAUGGGGGGAAACUUGUUCAUACUGUACAGCAUGUGUGAGUGCUUUCAAAGAAACUUACCGGUAGUGAAGUUUUUGCUCUUUGCCUAUUUUUUUUUUUCUUUUUUUUUUUUUUAACAACAAAGGCUUGGCCCUACUAGUGAAUUGCAUGAAUGUCAGUUCAAUAGUGCACUGCCAGUAUCUGAUUGAAACACUUUUCACUGCCUUGCAUUCCUAUAUAACUGAAUUGUCAAUUCUUCCUGAGAUGACUUGUUCAUCUUUCCUUCAUGAAAUGUAUUUCAUCUUAGAAGCAUUUCUCUCAUGUUUAUUUUCCCUGUUCUAUUUUACUUCAUUUAUUGUUCAUGUAACACCUUUUGAUAUUGUGAAGACAUAGUUGAUGUGUUUGUUUUGUUCAGACGUACAUCAGUUUACAUAUUACAUCAUCUGUGUUUUCUGUGUCAGUCCAACCAAUAUGAAAAGGAAAGAAAUUUGCUGGGGAAAGUAUCUAAGACAUGAUUAAGUAAGAACCUUACCUUCCCUUGUUUUCAUUCAUUUUUCUUUAUUUCUUACCUGUUGGUAGAAGUGGUGGAAGAUUAUGUAUAAAUGCAUUCUUAAAGAUUGACAUGGUUAUGAAUACAUAAUUAACAAUCCCCUUUGUCCAGGAUGCUAGGGUGAAUUAUUUGUGUACUCCUCCAUUCAGAAGUUUAUCAGUUUUUACAGGAUGAAAUAUUUUCAUCUCCUUUUCUUUUUUCUUUUAGGCAUUAUAGUUCAAUUUCAUUUUAUAAAGGUCUUAAAGACUAUCUGUAUUCAUAAUUUUUAUUUUGUUUUUUGUUACAUUCAAGAAGUGCUUUUGUGUUAUUGUUUUUUUUCUACUUGUUCAUUAUUGGCAGUAAUUUUUCAUAAACUUUAUCCAUCAUUAAUAACUAGUCAGUUAUUCAUUUCUAGCUUUACUUCCUACAAUGAUAGCUAAAUUUUAAAGUGCUCCAAAAUUUUUGUUGAACAAGCUUGUAGCAUUGAAUUUUAUGAAAUUUGCCAAUUAUUAUGACUAGUCAAUUUAUGUGAUUGUGUCAGGUUACAGUUUUCAAUAAAUGUUCAAUUUCUGCCAAAAAUGAACAGUAGUGCAAUAAAAUAGACAUGUUUCAUUAUCUAUUUUUUAUGGACUACUUUUUCUUUAUUAUUUUUAUUUACAAAACUACAUUUUAAUAGGAACACAGAUUCAUAGGUUUGGACAUAAUAUUCGUCCUAUAAAUUACAAUCGAUAUACAAUGUUGAAUGAAGUAA